CGCUCGGCCGGGCGCUGCGCGCGGGGACGCGCCGCGGGCCUCCCGCCGCCCGCGCCUGAGCGCACGCUGAAAUCAAGCGGCGGCAAAACAUGCCCGAGGCCUCGGUGCCGCUGCCGAGUUAUUUUUGGCCGCGGCCGGGCAGCGGCUCUGCCGCCAGCUGCGGCGCUGCCCGCGCAGCCGCCCUCCCUCGGCCGCCGCCUCUCCUCGCCGAUCCCUUCUCCGGCGAAACCGCCGCGGCCGCGGGAAGCCGGGACCCCUCGGCGGCAACCUAAGCUCCCCGCGGCCGGCGAACGGGGCCCUCCGCGCCGCCGGGCGACAGCCUGCCAUGACCAAGGAAGAAGAGCUGCCGGACUGGAAUUCGUCCAAGGAGUUUUACGAGAAAUAUGAGCCGAAGGAAGUUCUGGGCAGGGGGGUGAGCAGCGUCGUCCGCCGGUGCAUCCACAAGACCACGCGGCAGGAGUACGCCGUGAAGAUCAUCGACAUCACGGCCGGCAACAUAUCCCCUAAGGAGGCGCAGGAGCUGCGCGAAGCCACCUCCAAAGAGAUCGACAUCCUCCGGAAGGUCUCGGGCCACCCCAACGUCAUCCAGCUGAAGGACAGCUACGAGUCCAGCACCUUCUUCUUCCUGGUGUUCGACCUGAUGAAGAGGGGGGAGCUCUUCGACUACCUCACCGAGAAGGUCACCCUGAGCGAGAAGGAGACCAGGAAGAUCAUGCGCGCGCUGCUGGAGGUGAUCGAGUACCUGCACUCCAUCGACGUCGUCCACCGCGACCUCAAGCCGGAGAACAUCCUGCUGGACGACAACAUGAACAUCAAGCUGACGGACUUUGGCUUCUCCUGCGAGCUCUGCGGUGACGAGAAGCUCAAAGAGAUCUGCGGCACGCCGGGCUACCUGGCUCCCGAAAUACUGCAGUGCUCCAUGGACGACGAGCACCCGGGCUACGGGAAGGAGGUCGACAUGUGGAGCACGGGGGUGAUCAUGUACACGCUGCUGGCCGGCUCGCCGCCCUUCUGGCACCGCAAGCAGAUGCUGAUGCUGCGCAUGAUCAUGAACGGGGACUACCAGUUCGGCUCCCCGGAGUGGGACGACCGCUCCGACACCGUGAAGGACCUGAUCUCGCGGUUCCUGGUGGUGGACCCGCAGCAGCGGUACACGGCCAGCGAGGCGCUGGCCCACCCCUUCUUCCAGCAGUACGACGUGGAGGAGGUCCGGCACUUCAGCCCCUUCCGGAAAUUCAAGGUCAUCGGCCUGACCGUCCUGGCGUCCGUCCGCAUCUACUACCAGUACCGGCUCGUGAAGUCGGUCACGCGGGAGCUGGUGGUGCGAGACCCUUACGCCCUGAAACCCCUCCGCAAGCUGAUCGACGCCUGCGCCUUCAGGACCUACAAGCACUGGGUGAAGAAGGGGGAGGCGCAGAACCGAGCCGCCCUCUUCGAGAACACCUGCAAGGCCAUCCUGCUGGCCCUGGCCGCAGAGGAGGAGCUCUUCUGAUUGCCGUGGAAAGCUGCGCCUGUACCGCGUGAAGCACGCGUGCGGGUGUGCUCAGAGAUCAGGCGAGUAAAACCUUUGGAAACCAA